AUGGUCCACGCGGGAAAGACCUCUCAAUUCACCGAUGCUGCUCUGCAGCAACGUAUGCAGCUGGCCGGCAAGGCUGGCCCGCAGGCGUUGGUCAGGAACUUCCGAGUCUUUCUGAUUGCCUGUUUUGCUUGUAUUGGUGGUCUCCUUUACGGUUACAACCAAGGUGUUUUCAGCGGUGUCCUGACCAUGAACUCCUUCAAUAGGCACAUGGGGGACUACACCACGGACCAGUCGAAGAAAGGGUGGCUCACCUCGAUCCUUGAGUUGGGCGCCUGGACCGGUACUCUGUACUCCGGCUUCCUGGCCGAGAUCAUCUCCAGAAAAUAUGCCAUCGUGGUGAACACUUGUGUCUUCAUCAUUGGUGUUGUGGUGCAAUGCACAGCUGUCCAAGCUGGCCAUUCAGCCAUACUUGGAGGUCGAUUUAUAGUCGGUAUGGGCGUUGGCUCACUCUCCAUGAUCGUGCCCAUGUACGUCGCCGAAUGCUCGCCUCCUGAGCUUCGAGGUCUGCUCAUCGGAGUGCAACAAUUCGCCAUCGAAUUCGGCAUCAUGGUCAGCUUCUGGAUCGACUAUGGCACCAAUUAUAUUGGUGGAACAGGCGACAGCCAAUCUGAGGCGGCCUGGCUCGUGCCCCUAGCCCUUCAACUCUUCCCUGCCUUGAUCCUGCUUGUCGGAAUGAUCUGGAUGCCGUUCACUCCUAGAUGGUUGGUCCAUCAUGGACGCGAAGAGGAAGCACGUCGAACAUUGGCAACUUUGCGAUCUCUGCCGGUCGAUCAUCAACUCAUUGACCUCGAGUUCCUCGAGAUCAAGGCCCAGUCCAUGUUCGAGAAGCGGACCGUUCAGGCGAACUUCCCUCAUCUGUCGGAAAUGACAGCAAUCAACACCAUCAAGCUGCAAUUUGUUGCCAUUGCAUCUCUGUUCAAGACAAUGCCCAUGUUCCGCCGAGUUAUUGUCGCGACGGUGACCAUGUUCUUCCAGCAGUGGACCGGAAUCAACGCCGUUCUUUACUAUGCUCCUCAGAUCUUCGCCUCUCUUGGCCUGUCAUCGAACACUACUUCACUUCUUGCAACAGGAGUGGUCGGUAUUGCCAUGUUCUUGGCAACCAUCCCAUCCAUCCUCUACAUCGAUAGAAUCGGACGAAGGCCUGCCCUGGCUCUUGGUGCCCUUGGUAUGGGUCUUUGCCACUUCAUCAUUGCGGUCAUCUUCGCGAAGAAUCAACACCAGUGGCCCACUCAUCACGCAGCUGGCUGGGCUGCUAUUGUCAUGGUGUGGCUCUUCGUCAUCCACUUCGGUUGGUCCUGGGGUCCAUGUGCUUGGAUCGUCGUCGCUGAGGUCUGGCCUCUGUCUGCUCGCCCGUACGGCAUCGCCCUUGGAGCUUCCUCGAACUGGAUGAACAACUUCAUCGUCGGUCAAGUCACCCCAGAUAUGAUUACCGGCAUCACAUACGGUACCUUCAUUCUUUUUGGCGUCUUGAUCACCAUGGGUGCAGGUUUUAUCUGGUUCUUCGUCCCUGAGACCAAGCAGCUCAGUCUUGAGGAAAUGGAUCUUGUUUUCGGAUCUAGUGGUGUUGCCGUUGCCGACCAGGAGCGCAUGGCCCAGAUCAACGCUGAAAUUGGUCUCACUCGUCGCCUGAGUGCGCUCCAAGGAAUCGACCAUAGCAGCGACGAGAAGGUCUCCGAGGUCAGGGAGAAGACCGCUGAGACAAAGGUUGUGUAA